AAACUAAAAUAGCAGGGACUGCUAACUUGAGAAUAAUAUUCAGGUUUAUUUAUUAGAUAUCAUAUAAUUAAAAAACAAUUUUCUAUAUGGUUACAUAUUUUUUAAAUUUGUAAACAAAACUCAUAAAAAAUAAAUAAAAAACAAAUAAUAUCAAUUAUAACAAAGAGCAAAGAAUACUUAACUUGUUGACUCCUAUCUUUAUGACACACUAUAAUAGUUGGCAACGCUUACACUUUGACAUUGCUGCAACUCGUCAAUACACAAUUUAUAUUAUUGUUAUAUUUCGUGCCGCCAAUAUUAUCUUAUUUCAAACUUUCUUAUUUAAAAUUUUUUUGGUAUCGAAAUUAUGAAAAACAUGAAGAAGGCGAGUUGUCACAAUCAAAGUAUAAAACGAUUUUUAUCGCCACAGCCUUCAAACAUUCCUUGUAAAAAGCAAUGCAAGCAAAUGGAUAUGACAAAUAAGUGCACUACUACUCGAAGAGACAAGAACAUUUGCCUCUUUUCACUUAACGCCACUAAACAAUCAUCUGAUGAAAUGGAAAAAAGACAGGAUUUGAAUACUAACAAUGCAGUGAAUAAGUUUGAUUGGAACAGUUUUGUGCGAGAUCCUGGCGAAAUACAAGAGAGCCGAUAUCCAGUAACCCUUAACACUUUCAAAACUAUGACCCUUUGUUUGAGUAUCGUCAAUUGCAUACUCGAGGAUAUAAAAAGUGCAACAAGUCUCGACUUUUUAAAUGAUGACCUGAUGAAAGAGCGAGUUAUAAAAAACUUUUAUAUUCAAUUCUAUGAAAACCCACAAAUUCGCAAUAUAUAUAAGCUAGAAACAAAGCCAUGCCCAACAUUUGUAAAAAAGAAAAUAAUGCAGGUACCAACAUUGGAAAAUAUUGAAGCUAAAGAUAGUACUACUAAUGCUGCCAAAGUAGCCACUGCAAAUAUUGCGGACGGUGAGGAUGUUAGCAAACCAACAGAAUUGAGGGUACCUGUAGAACACGCUCUUAAAAUCGCUGAACCUAUAGAACCGUUAAACAAACCAGCAGAUCUGGAACGAGUUGAAGCAAAAUCAACCAAAUCACAAGAAUAUGAAAUAUCGCCACAGCAGGCUAAGGCAAAAUCGAAUAUAUUGUAUAUAUCGAAAAAUACAUUAUUUAUGGAUGAGACAUUUUUACGCAGGCAUGUGAGUCGCAAUAUUCAACAAGAGGAAAAACUAGAAAAAAUUUUAGAGCAGAUAUAUGCCGAGUUGCUGCCACGAAAAAAGUCUGAAGUAAAACAAAAGCUAAAACCUACAACAGUGCAGGAAAUAGCAGAUGAAGUCGCAAUUGACAUUAGCAAAAGUCCUGAAGACACUACAGCUUUAAUAUCAAGGGAACAGCGCUUGGAACAAGCUAAGCACUUAUAUUUUAAAGACUAUACAAAAACAAAUACAUUAGCAUAUGCUUUACGUUUUCAUAACGGCUUAAAGAGGCGCAUAAUUUCAGCCGUUCUGGAUAUGUCAAUCGAUGAGUUCAAAAAGUAUACAAAAAUUCAUGAUGCUCCAGAACUUUAUGAUGAUGCCAAAUUACUAAACGAUUGUUACAAUUAUGCGAUCAAAGCACCUCAAAUUUGGCCUGUCAAUCUGCAUAUGCAGUUGAGUGAUUUAUAUGAAUAUCUCAAAUCAAGAAGUGUUACAGGUGUUAGUGUUGAUAAUUUGGAAGAUAUUUCACCGAUGUUGUUGCAUUGGACUGAGCUAGCUGUUAUAACGAAUUUUGAUAAAAUUAUGCAAUGGGAUUUUUAUCGUUGUAAUGGUAAAAAAUUUCGUCAAUUCACGCAUAUGGAUGUAUUUCGUAAAAAAUUUUAUGAGAAAUGUUGGAUACAUAACACUUGGUUGCAAGAAGUACCAAAGCUGCAUAUCGAUGUGCAAAAACAGUUAGAAACGAGAAUGGUAGUUGUUGAAGAUGAUAUUGUAAAAGAAGAAGAAGAAGCUAAAAAAGAUGAGUCUACAAAUUUCAUGAACGUAGAUGGUGAGCACAGCGCAGAAGCGAACACUAAUAAUAUAAUAGCAAAUGCUGCGCACGCGCAAGAUGCCAGCGCUGGCCCCUUAACGGAAACUAAUGAAGAAUUGUUGUCACAUAAUCUUACCGAAGCAAGUUCGGUCGAACAAGCAGUAACUGUAAAUAACGUACCAAAUACUUUACCCGAAGCAACUGUAAAUUUACAGACAACAACAACAGCAGUUGUGGAAAUAAUUACCAAUUCAAAUGAGAAUAUUGUGGCAAGCAAACGAGCAGUAGACGUACAACAGCGCAUUCAAGCAGCGCAGAAAUUGUACUUUUAUAAAGUAGAGAAAUCAUGUACUCUACCCUAUCUACUACGCCUACAUAACGGUUUAAAGCGGUGUAUACUACACGCCAUACUAAAUAUGACCUACACAGAAUUCAAACAAUACACACACAUAUACGAUGCAGCAGAGAUUUACGAAAAUAACGAGCUUUUACAGCAUUGCUAUGACUUUGUGGUCAAAAAGCCGCAAGUAUGGCCCGUUAAUCUCUAUAUGCGUUUGGUAGAUCUUUACAAAUUUCUCAAAAUCAAAGGCGUUACACUUACAGCAGCCGACUUGAAGCAUGUAUCACCGAAACUUUUACAUUGGCAUGAUCUGAUUGCGUCAACUAAUUACGAUUACAUACUAUUUUGGGACCACUACCGGAGUCGUGGUAAAAAAAUGCCUAAAAAUAAGCCGCCACCAAAUACAUAUCGUCAAAAGUUUUAUGAGAAAUGUUGGAUUAAUGACAGUUGGAUAUGGCAUACGCCCAAAAUUUGCGACAAUAUACUUACUGAUAUCUUUGGGGCAGUUGCAGCAACUGAAGAUGUGGAGAAUGCCAAUUUUGAAAGAGCAGUUAUGACACAUGCGCUGGAAGAGCGGGUGACGGAAAGUGUCUCGCCGACAGAAGACGAAGCGAUAAAUGACGCUACAAAUGGACCACCGCCUGUGCAAGCGAUUGCGCAUGAAAACGUAGUGCUGGCCACGAAUAAUACACGAAGCGUUAAUACUGUUGAUGCGGAGAUACAAACAUCACAACACCUACUUGCUGCAUUUACCAACUCGUUAACAGUUAUGCGCGAGCCAGAAGUAACAGCACAAAAUCCUUGCCUUAUCGUUUCAGCCAACCCAGUCAUAUUGCCUUGCAAAGCGAUUAAAAAAGAGAAGCUCUCACCACUCGAUAAAUUGCAAUUCAAUCUAACGAACGAUGAGAAGAAUUACGAAUGUAUGCCAGUGCCGGAUGAUGUAGUCGAUCUGGAGGGUUCAAUAUCAGCAAACGAGUCACAAGAAGAGUUAAUGCUGCCACUUUUGAAUAGUGAAAGUUUGUUCACACCUGUCAACAAAUUGUUUUUGUCACUUGAUUCUACAGAAGAUAAAUUUGCACAAUUGACAGAAAAUGUGGACAAUGAAAGCAUAAGGGAACAACAACCAAGUCUCGAAUUGAAUAAUCAGCAAACGCAAUUGAUGCCAGAGUGCGCAUUGGAAAUGGAAAUUGAAGUACAGUCGACAGAAGAUCUACAUGAGCAAACAACAACAACAACACAGCAAUCACUGACUGUUGCAGUAAUAGAGAGUAACCAAGCUUCUUUUGAGCAGCCACCAAUUGAAACGCAAGCAAAAACAAUAAAAACACAUUCUGCACAACAACCAGCGGAGACAUGCUCGCUACAAGAACAACAAAAACAAUCGAAUAUUGUCGUACAACAAGUGUUAACAAGUGAGCAAGUCAACGUUCCGGCGUUUAUUUCACGCGAAGUGAAGCAAGAGCUGCUGCAACAAGUGCAACAACCUACCGGUAAUUGUACUGAACAACUGAAACAAAAACAACAAACAGUGAAACAGUUAAAAAAUACAGCUAUAGAAGUGACAACAGCACUAACAAGAAUACUUGAAGCUCAUAAGUUGGCGCAACAACAAAAGCAACAACAUAAUAGAACAAAAAGCGCACCGGCGACAGUGGAAUUGCAAUCGGAACAACAGCAAAACCAAACACUAGAAACACCUGCAGCGAUGGAAAAGCAACAACAACCUUCACAACAAAAACAACCUUUACAGCAACAACGAUUUUCACAACAACAAUUUUCACAACAACAACAGUCACAAAAGCAACAACCUUCACAACAACAACAACCAAAAACAACAAUCGAUCAGCAGCAAAUACAGAAACAUCAACAAGAACCACCAACUGUUAUGAUACCACUGUCAAAAUCGCAACAACAACAGAAAAAACAUCAACAGCAAAUUGCAGUUUUAAAACCGGCGACGCAAAAGCAGCGAGUGAUAAAAGCGCCACCGACAAUACAACAGCAACACGAAAGCGUGACAAUAGCGCCACAGCCAAUACAACAACAACAAGAAAGCGUGACAAUGGCGCCACAGCCAAUACAACAACAACAAGAAAGCGUGACAAUUGUGUCACAGUCAAUACAAAAACGACAACAACAAAAUACAUUUACAACAAUCACUGAAAUAUCGUCUAAUCACAAAAAACGGCAACAAUACACAGAGUUGCAGCCAAAACAACAAACAUCAAAAGAGCAGCGGCCAACACUACAACAACAUACCUCGCUUCGGCAACAACAACAACCACCGCUACCAACCGUGGUAAUACCACUGUCAGCACUACAACAACAACAACAACAACCGCUAUCAACAGUGGUAAUACCACUACAACAACAAAACGAAGCAGUUGAAAAACAGGCAACGCAAAAGCUUAGAAUGCCGGUAGAACAACAAACCACACAGCAACAACCAGAAAUAAUAAAAUCUCAGAGAACACCUCAAAUAUCUCAAAUUACCGAAACACAAAAAGUUACUCACACACAAAAACCGCUAGAGCCGAAGCGAUUGGUCAAGCCAAUUCAGCCGAGUCCACCACUAACCACACGAAUUCAUGUACAACAACAAUUGCAGCAGCAGCAGCAAAAACAAGAACAUCGGCAAAUUGAAAAAGAAAUGAAUGAGUUGCUCCAAGAACAGCAAUUAGUGCCACAGAUUGUGGCAAUAGCAGCCGAUACGCAAACUCAACCGAAGUUGCAAGAGUUAUCGCCACAACUAACACAAACAGCGCCACCAAACCAUUUAGUAGCACAACAACUAGCAAUAAAUAACCAAAACAUAACGGAACUUGCUGAAAACGCACAGACAUUGAUGGAGCCAAUUGAACAAAAUCAAGCCUUGCAACAACAAAUAAUAGUAGAAAGCUUCAAUGCAAGCAAACAAGCUGGAAUCGAGUUCUUGUCACAACCAACUGCACACCAGCGUCAACUUAAUCAACCGCAAUUUAUUCUACAACGCACAAGCACUCAGAUACAGGAGCAGCUAAUGAUUCGACCAACCUGUACGCUGUCGCAAGACUCUCCAGUCAAUCUGCCGCCAAUGGUGAAACUCGCCAAUAAACAAACAAGCAACACAACAAAGGUGAAAACUGUAAAGUCUACAAAAGCAACAACACGCAAGGGCGCAAAGAAUAGCGAUUAUGUGCCACAACUCACGCACGUCUUCCAACCGUUACCUGUUGCCUUAAACACCAAAAAAGCAACUACUCAGUCAAUAGCCACUGACAGCUUGCGACAAUUUACCACAGACGUUGCAACACCAAAUAACCAGCAACCGCAACAAUUAACUUCAGCCGUCGGAGAGCAAUUAAGCACAGCUAGCAAUAUAAACGUAUCGCCACCAAAUGCAAAUGCCAUGAUUUUAACGCUGCCCGCAACCAUGAACGCGGCAAGCAGCAGUGCGUCCAAUACAUCGUAUGUGUAUACGCUGAGCGGCGAUAGUACAUUCUUCAAUAGUUCGGAAAUCUUGAAGGCGAUUGAAAAUUAUCAACUUCAACUUAGUCAACAGCAACUGGCGCAGUCAGAGCAAUCGAUACAACAACAAGCAUGCGCACAAAUGUCCGAAUUAGUAUACGUGCAAGCGGAUAUGGCACAGCUACAACAACAACAAUGCGCAGAAAUGCAGCAGGAGCAACAAUUUGAACACUACAAUCAGUUGCAAGUUACACAGCAACAGCAGCAACAACUACAACAUUACCCAGCAAGCACACAAAUUUCACAGCCUCUAACAUUUGUAGCGAGCGCCGAACAGCAGCAGGCGACACAACAACCACAACAACAACAACGAAAGUUACAACAGUUACAUCAGCAACAAGUACCGUUACAAAUGUCACAACCAUUGGUGAUGUGGGAUCGCGCCAAACAGCAACAACAGUCACAACAACAACAAGCAUAUCAGCUAUUAUUACAACAACCGCAACAAGCGCAACCAAUUGUAUAUCAAUUAGUGAAUGUCAACCAGGCGCCGCACACCGCCGACGCCGACGCCGUUGAACAAGCUCAACAGUAUUUGCAGUUGACCGCAGAGCAAAGACAAACAUCUAAUUUGACACAACGUGAAGUACACGAAGCGUCCACCACACAAGCGCAACAAUCUACCACACUCGAUACCGUUAGCGAACACUUACCGUAUAUGAGCUCAAACGAAAUGUUGCAGGUAAAUGUUUGGUUAGAACACAAUUAUGCCAUGACACCACUAUCACCCGCACUAUUAUUAAGAUCAUUGCCUUCACCAAAAGGUGUCUGUCGCAUGCGUACACGCCCACCGCCUAAACCAUUCUUCUACCGCAGAUUAGAGAAAAUUGACUACUUUCGCGAGUUGACGGCGCUCAAUAUUGCCGAAUAUCAGCUGCAGUGCACCAGUUUGGGCAAAUCAUAUUUGCAAGCGAAAAUUCGCACAACACACCUGCGUACGGUAGUGAGUGGCGAUAUACUGGCGGCGUUGUUGCCACGCCUACCGUCAGAUGUACUAAAACACUUGCAAUUGGUGCUGCAAUAUCUUGGUGAAUUUCAUUUUAAUACCUGGGAGCAGCGUCAGCAAAGAAAAUUAAUUUCGAAAUGCUCACAACGCACGCUGCACACCUUGUGUGCGCAUAUCCUGUUAUUAUUUUUCCAAUACUCAUCGUCAUUCCAAAGUAAAUGCUUGGAUUUGGCAGCAGCAGGGUGGCAAUUAGAGCAGCGCGACUGCUUGAGUGUUGAUACAGCGGGUGCGUCGACUCAACGAACAGAUAAUAUGCUUGAGGAUUUGAGUUUGGCCAUUGAUCCGUGUAUACUAACGGAGAUGGCAGCGCUUAAGCGUAAUUUAUGACAUUUCAAGGCAAAUUCACGAUGUGUUAAUAAUAACUGUAAAUAAGCAGUAAUUUUAAAAUUUUUCAUGUUAAGAUUAAUACUAAGGUAUUUUGUUGAAUAAUAUUAAACCUCCAAUGCACAUAUGUAUAUGCAUACAUACAUACUAUGUAUAUAACAUGUGCUUGUAGUAUUUAUAUAAAUAUCACACCUUCUUCGCUGAAUAGUCUGGCAGACUUUAAUACUUUUAGUAUCCAAUAUUUUAUUAUUACUUCACCAGCCAAAAUUAAAACAUUUUUUCAAGCAAUAUACUUUUUUUAACCAUUUUUCAAAACCGCUUUUCAAAACAUUUUUUUCAAAACCCGUUUUUAAAAGUUUUUUUUUAGAACAGUUUUUCAAACCCGCUUUUCAAAACAUUUUUUCCAAACCUCUUUUCAUACAUUUUGUUUCCAAAACAGUUUUUCAAACCUUUUUUUUUUAAGUUUUUUUUAAAACGGUUUUUCAAAACAUUUUUUUUCAAAACCGUUUUUCAAAACAUUUUUUUUCAAAAAAGUUUUUCAAAACUUUUUUUAACCGAUUUUCAAAACUGUUUUUUUCAAAAUCAAAAACGUUAAAAAAACAUUUUUUGGCUGUUAAAGUAAUAAUAAAAUUUUUUUAGAAAUCGCUCCUCGUCUGUGGUGAAAAUUGUUAAUUGUUAUUUUAUAGUUCUUAUUUGUUGUCAUACUUUAAUUUAAGAAGUGUAGAAGAGACUUUUCUAAAAGUACUAUAUACCUAUAAUAUUCAUUUUGAGUAUCGAACGAAAUGUGUGCUUUUUCUAAGUUCUCAAAUCAAUUUUAAAUCCUCAUUAUCUGCGCUGAUUUCCAACUAUCAUAAAAGGGAGUUAUUACUCACCAUAGCACUUUAACUUUAGGCGAAUAAAAUCUAACUUUUCCUCAGAGCGUAAAAGUGAGUGCAGCGUUAUAAACUUACAGUUACAAAUAUAAGUGUUUUUAUUUGAAAUAUGUAGUAGCACUUUAACCAAUGGUUACGUGGUCAUAUCAUAUCACAUUUCAACAACAGUAUUUUGAACAACAAAAAAUCUUUAGAAGUUGUAGAAAACAGGUUUUUGAAUUCACUUUAAUUUAACCAGCACUUUAACCGCCGGUUAAGUCUUUUUGUGCACAUGGAGGAUCUACUACAGCUGCUUUCAUAGCUCGGCAGUCUCGAGUGCCAAUUUAUACUUUAAAAUUGCAGUAUUUAAAAAACAACUUUGUAUUAAAAUACACUAUUAAUAUAUUAAUAAAUAUUAUAAGUUUUUUAAGUGUUAAAAAUAAUAAGUUAAAUCAGUUAUAGUAAUGUAAUAAUUUGCUGUUAAUAUAUGAUUUUUUUAUGAAUA